UGGGAGUACAAGUUCAGGGUGGACGUUUUCCUUGCUUGGGGUGGUGGCUUACUAGGGGUGGAACUGCUGAGUCCCAGGUGUCAUGCCAUUUCCACACCGGAUGCUCUUCAUACCCAUCUGCUAGCUGUCUUGAGCUUGGUGCUGCUUGCUCCUUCAAGUGGUCUCAGAUGCCUAGUAUUUCCUGGACAGAGCAGGCUGCCUGACAGAGCAAGUAGCACCCCGUUUCCAGUCCCAGGCGACUACAGGGGUUCUGGUCCCAGUCCCCUGUCCAAUGCUGUGACCAUCCCAAAGGGGGCUCCUAGGUCAGUGCCCCAGCCACUAGCUCUGGAGAACCAUGUUGCGGUAUGCUCUGAGAUUGCCCCGUAUUGGCAGUAGGGGGCUUAGAAGGGUAGAAAGACAUUCCCUCAGGAUGGGGAUAAGGGAUGGUCCCACCGUGACUCCCUCAGACCCAGCCCGACCUGCCUCUGCCCACAGCCCCAGUGGGAAGAAGUUCCGCAGCAAGCCACAGCUGGCUCGCUACCUGGGAGGCUCCAUGGACUUGAGCACCUUUGACUUCCGUACUGGCAAGAUGCUGAUGAGCAAGAUGAACAAGAGCCGCCAACGUGUGCGCUACGACUCCUCUAACCAGGUUAAGUGGACCCCAGCGGGGGCCGCCCGCUGCAGCGCCUUGUCCCCGCAGGGCAAACCUGACCUGAACACCGCACUACCCGUGCGGCAGACAGCAUCCAUCUUCAAGCAGCCAGUGACCAAGAUCACUAACCACCCUAGCAACAAAGUGAAGAGUGAUCCGCAGAAGGCGGUGGACCAGCCUAGGCAGCUGUUCUGGGAGAAGAAGCUGAGUGGACUGAGUGCCUUUGACAUCGCAGAGGAGCUGGUCAGGACCAUGGACCUCCCCAAGGGCCUGCAAGGGGUGGGCCCUGGGUGCACAGACGAGACGCUGCUGUCAGCCAUCGCCAGCGCCCUGCACACCAGCACCAUGCCCAUCACAGGGCAGCUCUCAGCUGCUGUGGAGAAGAACCCUGGUGUGUGGCUGAACACCACGCAGCCCCUGUGCAAAGCUUUCAUGGUGACCGACGAGGACAUCAGGAAACAGGAAGAGCUGGUGCAGCAGGUUCGGAAGCGGCUAGAGGAGGCGCUGAUGGCUGACAUGCUGGCCCACGUGGAGGAGCUGGCCCGGGAUGGUGAGGCGCCAUUGGACAAGGCCUGCGUGGACGAGGAUGACGACGAUGAGGAUGAAGAUGAGGAUGAGGAGCCUGAGCCAGACCAGGAGCUGGAGCAUGUCUAGAGCAGAUGCCCUGCCCAAGGACCCCAUGCUGUGGAGCACCAGCUGGCAUGGCAUGGCUGCCUGCACUCAGCUUCUCUUGGGACUAGGCCAAGAGGCCAGGCCCAGUGGGUAGGGGGCACCUUUCAUCCUUCCUCCUUCAAUGAGCCUCUUCUCUGGGCCUGGAGAGGUAUGACUGGAGGAAGAUGACUCCCUUUCCCUGCUGCAGCUCUUCUUUGAAGGCCAUGGUUCUGGAAGAGCUGCUGGCCACUGGGCCCCGCCUGGCAGGAGGUUCCUUCAUGGUGAACUUGGGGCCAGUGAUGCCUCAGCCUUGAAGCCAGCCUCCUCUCGGUGGCCACUGCCCAAUGAUCCUCAACACAGCAGGGGCCAGCAGACUGGCCUGGGCGCCAUGGAGCCCUAGCACCUUGUGGUUGUUGGCUGCCAUAUCUCCAGCAGCUGGGGAGACACUUGAAAUUUGGUCUACCUCCUCCUUGAGCAGCGUGAGGAGGCGAGAAGGGCUGACCUGCAGGCUGGGGGUCCAGACAGCUCCUCUCACACAGGACCACCUAGCAGGCAGAGCUGGCAGCUCCCAGCCAGAACCAGCUGCAGCCCAGGAAGUCACUUUCCUUCAAUAAAUGACACAAAUGGCUGAA